AUGAUAGGUUACACAUUGUAAUUUAUUUUUCUAUUUUGAGGUCAAUAUAGCCUAAACUAACAUUUUCUAUUUCCUUACCCCCACAGCCAGAACCCAUGGCAAAGAAGACCCGAAAGAGGACGAAUGCAAUCGAAGAGAUGAGAGCUUCUCAAUGGACAGCGAUUUAGACUACAGCUCUGAUGACAACACGAACGGUAACUCGAUGUGUCAGAAAGAUGAUGGGGAUGGUAACGUGGAUGAGGGCGUCCACGGGUCCAACGGCACUGGCAGCACCACGUCUACCGGCAAGAACCGGCGGCGGAGAACGGCGUUCACUAGCGAGCAGCUAUUGGAGCUGGAGAAGGAAUUCCAUUGUAAGAAAUACCUGUCUUUGACAGAACGCUCUCAGAUCGCGCAUGCCUUGAAACUCAGCGAAGUGCAAGUCAAGAUCUGGUUCCAGAACCGGAGGGCCAAAUGGAAGCGCGUGAAGGCCGGUAACGUCAACUCCAAAACCGGCGAGCCAUCUAGGAACCCUAAAAUCGUGGUGCCCAUUCCUGUGCACGUCAGCCGGUUUGCAAUAAGGAGUCAGCACCAACAGUUAGAGCAAGCCAGACCAUAACAGUUCUGUAUGUUAAACCGAUGGACUAAAUACAGAUUAAGUUAAUAACACUGUUUAAAAACAGAAAAACGGCACACACGUUAUUUUGGACUUGGACUACUGAUAAUCACAAAUCAAGUUUAUCCUUUGGUGAGUCUUUGUAAACCAGAGGAGAGCUAAUUAAUUGAUGGUACAUUGCCUUUCCUUUGCUUUACUGCUGAAUCGAUCCACUGAUGGUAUGUUGAUUAAAUACCAAGAGACAAAAAAACUCAAAAUUGUAACAUAUGUAUCACCCUGGUUACGAGUGUAAAUACCGAGAUGGACCAUAACUAUAACCGCCAUGGGAGCAAAUUGAGAACAAUACAACAAGACAAUACAUCCAAUUGUACAUUUCCCGAGAUAUUGAAAAAACGUCUUUGACGUUUGUGUUGCUGAUUCUGAAGGACCUUGCUUGUUUUAUUGUUGUUUUUGCA